CUAGAAUGGGUGGUGCCAAAAAUGCAUGCUGUCAGCCAUAGUGAAUAUUGUCAGUAUCACUAUUCUCUGCAUUUCAAGGAGGGAACAGGAAGAUCAGAUGGCAAGGGAGUGGAACACCCUUGGUCUGAGCUAAACCAGCUAGGGGGGAGCACAAGAGAGAUGACGUGGGGC